UCCCCUCCCUCCCCAGCCUUCCCCUCGAGCAGACGCGGCAGCGCCUCUGUCUCGCUUUUUCUUAUUUUUUUCCCCCCUUUCCCCUUCCUUUUUUUUUUCUCCCUUUUUCUCCCCUUCCCCCCUUUCACCAUUUCCCCUCGGAGGCGCUUCCCCCGGGCAGGGGCAGAGCCGGCCUCACCCCCCGCCUCUCCCCGGCCCCCGCCGCCCUAUGGCGAGAGGGAGCCCCCUCCUCACCCGGGCACCAGCGGCGGCGGUUGGAGGAGCGGGACCGGCGGCGGCGGCCUCACGUCCAGGGUCACCAUGGAACUAACUCGCUGAGCGCCUGGCCGGCCGCAGGCGUGUGUCCCGCCCGAGUGCCUGCGCCCUCCGUGCCCCGCUCCCCCUCUUCUCCCUCCUCAUCGGCCGGCUCCGUGUCCCGCGCGCCCCGACGUCGCGCGCUGAGGAGAAUGAGGCGGUGACGGGGCCCCCGGAUGACCCCGCGUCACCCCUGUGAGGCCUACAGCUCUGCCGGGGUGGAGGAGGAGGAGGAGGAGGAGGAAGAGGAGAAGGUAGCUACAUCAAGCUGGGUGGCAGGCAGCUCCAAAGGAUAUCAUGAAGUUUCCAGGACCCUUGGAAAACCAGAGAUUGUCUUUCCUAUUGGAAAAGGCAAUCUCUAGGGAAGCCCAGAUGUGGAAGGUGACUGUGCCGAAAUUCCCUACAGAUCAGAAUGUUUCUCCAUCCCAGAGAGAUGAAGUAAUUCAGUGGCUGGCCAAACUCAAGUACCAGUUCAAUCUUUACCCAGAAACGUUUGCUCUGGCUAGCAGUCUUUUGGACAGGUUUUUAGCUACUGUAAAGGCCCACCCGAAAUAUUUGAGUUGUAUUGCCAUCAGUUGUUUUUUCCUAGCUGCUAAGACUGUUGAGGAAGAUGAGAGAAUUCCAGUACUGAAGGUAUUGGCAAGAGAUAGUUUCUGUGGAUGUUCCUCAUCUGAAAUUCUGAGAAUGGAGAGAAUUAUUCUGGAUAAGUUGAAUUGGGAUCUUCACACAGCCACACCAUUGGAUUUUCUUCACAUUUUUCAUGCCAUUGCAGUGUCAACUAGGCCACAGUUACUGUUCAGUUUGCCCAAAUUGAGCCCAUCUCAACAUCUGGCAGUCCUCACCAAGCAACUGCUUCACUGUAUGGCCUGCAGCCACCUUCUGCAGUUCAAAGGAUCCAUGCUUGCUCUGGCCAUAAUUAGUUUGGAAAUGGAGAAACUCAUUCCUGAUUGGCUUCCUCUUACACUUGAACUGCUUCAGAAAGCACAGGUCAGCCAGGAGAACUUGAGAAGCCGUCCGUUAUCAGCACUGGAGAAAGGACACCGCCCGAGGGACAAUGCCAGCUCGAUGGCAGUCAUCUCAGGCGAGCCGGGCGAGGCGCUCAGCCUCGUGGGACAGGCCCAGCUUUUCCUAGGUAACCGGACAGAGGCCAACCUACCUUACAACCUCUUAGGACCACUCUGUUCCUCACCCUCCCCUGUCAAGAUGAGGAUGCUUAUACUUCUAACCAGGGGGCCAAAAUGGGAACAUGUACAAAGACUACACAUUUCUGUAUGUUCAAAAAGAUGCUAAUUUGAUUUUUAUACAUUGCUUAAAAACAUACCUUUACAACCUGAUGUAGAAUGUUUUUAAAAUGAGAGGAUAAAGCUGGUAUUAAAAUAUUAAGAGCUUAAGAGUAACAUCAAUUGUACUUAACGAUUACAGUGGUCUCACAAUAGGAAAUACAUAUUUAACCUACAAACUGACAAUAUGCCAUGCUCCCCCUCCCCUACCCACCCACCCACCGGUCACAUCACUAGCAGAUUCCUGUCCUUACGGAUUGGGUAGGCUGCAGGGGAUGGUUCUCGACUCAUGUUUUGAUCACUAAUAGCACAGGUGAAUCCCACUUUACUUGUAUUUAGUAACAGUUUCUGUCUAAGAAAGCUGUUGGCCAGCAUGUCAUCCAAUUGCUCCAAGUAGCCUCUUUCUAGGAAUCAGAUGAUUCAAGAGGCAGGGGCUGUGGCUUCAUCAUCUCACUGCCCGACAGGGGCAUGUGGUGCCUUUCUUCUCCAGAGGGGGACCCUCCUGGGGAUCGAGACCAAAUGCAAUACAUAGUAUUUUCAUGAUCUGCCUUCCAUGGGGCUGAAGAAUGAAGAUGGGAAUAUGCAAAGCCAUAGACAAACAAUGGAAGGUAACUCAAAAUGCAUGUCCAUGCUGCACAGUAGUUAGCAAUUUGAAAACUGUCCCUUGAGUAUAGAAACUUCCUGAGAGGUGAAGACUAAUCUAGUAGUCAGCUGUGCCAGUAGCGUGAGCCAUGCCAGGCGCACAGCGCACACGUGUUGGGACGUGAGUGGUUUUAAGGGAUUCGGCGGUUUGAUUCACAGCAAGUAUUUUUUACAGAUGUUGUGGGCGAAGCCACCUGGGUGACUGGGAAGACCGUGUGAAUCAGACCAUUGUGCAGCAAAUAGUGCUGUUCUCUGGGAGAGGAUAUGUACUUGCUUGCGCUUCAUUUCCCGUGGCUCAGGACUUGUGGGUCCCGGUCAAGAACUGCGGACACAAUGGAAAGCAGAGCUUCACAACAAAUACAAAGGCAGGGCUGGGCCAGAAAGUUAUUUUCAGGAAUCUUUAAAUAUAAACUGCACCAGGAGGCAGAAACGUCAUCCACCCAGCACUAGUACGUUUUAACAUGAUGAAGACUUGUAGGUUAAAACCCUAGCAACAAAGGUUUUCUUUUUUAAGUUGGGUCCAAGACGAGGAACACAUAUUGAACAAAAUUUUGUGACUUCAACUUCAUUUAAAUUUCCCCUUGAAAUGAACUUCAAACUGGCGUAAUUUUGAUACCAGAAGUCAGUUUGAACAACCAAUACAAAAAAAGAACUGACUAAACUGGACAUUGUCCCCCCACCCCCCUCAAACAGAAUCCCAAACCCAAAACAACUUAUAUAAGGGAUGCAGAUAACAGAAAAAAGUCAAAUAAAAUAACAAUGGUUCCUGAAUUGAAAGGAGGGAUGCCCAGUUCUCUGUCAAGAGGCAGCUGGUCAGCUGAAAAAUAAAAACAUUAUAUCAAUAGGACACGCCAAAGAAAAAUCCACUAGCUCUCUGUUCAUGCAGUAACUAAAAUCCCAAACACCAGAACAACCCACAAAAGUGACCAAAGGAAGGAAGAAGUGGCCCCGAUCUUUUGACCUGCUGAAGGCUGAGGAUCCUGGUGGGGCUGUUCGGAUUGUUGUUCACGGGACAGAGAGGUCAGGAGUUACGAGAUCAAGGUCGUGGGCCCCAGAGCUGGCGGCCCCUCGCCUCAGACCUGCUGUCUUCAGUCCACACGUUCUUGGAUCAGCAGCUUCAAGGACAUGACAGCUAAGCGAGAGGAUCCUAGCGCAAGACCUUGGGGCUUGGCCCAAGUUCUCUGCUUCAUUCAGUUUCCUCUGAAUAUGGUUACGUAUUACUGUCUCGGGGAGUGACAAGUCACUUCAGGGUCCACUAUGGGCAGUGGUUUGUAAACAGACAUUGACAGACACAAACAGCGGUGCGAUGUUUGACCCAGACUUUAAAAGAAUAGGAGGCGAUGGUGGCAAUGAGGUAACUCUUCCCCAACACGUGUCAACAGACAGCUCCUGCUCUUCUAAGGCUCUAUGUCCAUUAGGAGAGAGUGGGGCUUGUCAACGGGAUGAUUACAUAAAGAAGAAGCUACAGAAGAGAAAACAGAAAGGUUGAUUCAAAAGGUGGCCCUUAAAGGCUUCCAAAGAAACAAAAGGAGCGUCUCUACAACAAGCUGCGAAAGGGACAGCGCUGUGCAGGGAGUGACUCCACCUAGCGCGCGCGGCCGGAGGGGGGAGACGCACGGCAGCACUGUGACCGCGGGUGGGACGCGGGACGCCGCCUCUGCGGCCCCCAAGGCUUGCAAAUCGGCAGGGCGGCCGGGGACAGGAGUGGCGGGGAGGUGGCAGGCACGGUAUGUGAGUACGGACACCAGGCAGCCAGUGUAUCUUGGAGGAGUUGGUGCCACUCGAUGGCAGCAUGUGAAGCCCAGCACCCAAGGAGCGAAAGCGUGCGUUUCUAUCACUCCCAUUUCCUUUACGCCCAACAUAACAAGCACGUGCACACACGCAUGACCGAGCAGUGACUGAGAAGAACUCACAAAAGGGCACACAGAACGAUGUUUGGGUAAAAAUAUAUUUUCCCCUGCUUUAUGUCUUGGCACGAGUGAUAAAUGCAUAGAUUGCCAGUCCACACUCUCCUACCAUAACAGACACCAGAUUACUGAACACGUCGCUAAGUGAUCACGUUCAUACUUGAAAAACGAUAUGCUUCACAUCGAUACAAGUAUUUUAGUUUCUUAAAAAAAGACAAGUGUCUACCAUGCGGCUUACAUACAUGACAAUUCUGUAUUAACACUGAAAGUAGGUUACACAACAGUUUUAGAAAACACACUGGUUAUUUUUCAAACAGAAAAAUGACAAGAAUCUACAAACUACAGUUUAAGGCAUAUCAGCAUAUUUUUAAGAGAAAGAGACAAAGUUCUAAUGCUGUUCACAGCUUAAUUUUCAAUUUAUUUUUGAAAAUUCCCUUCAUACCGACCAACAAACAAGACCUUGGAGGUCAUAAUUCCCACUAGAGAGUCCUCAAAUCCAUGUCCUGUCACCAGAACCAGGACUUCUGGAAGCUGAUAGAAUUCCAGACACUCACAAUGGCAAAGCAAAGGGAUGGGAACGGACUCUGGGUAGGGACCACACGGAGAUGGGGACGUGACUCGGGAGCAACCAAAAACCCCACGUUGACAGUCAGCUGGUUUAUGAAACACUUGCGGGAGAGGUCAGCCAAGUGAGGGAACCAUGGCUUUGCACUUGAGGGGCACGGGAUAUGGAGACCACGUGUGACCGCUGGUGAGUUACGAAACAGAGGAAGAAAACGAGGAGCCUGUGCCCACUGGCUCCUUUCCCUGGCUGAGAAUCCAUUUUGGACAAAACCUUGACCAAUUAAAAUAGAGCCUAAGCUGGGAAAACAGUGUCUGAAUUGCCAAAAAUUCCCCCACCAUAUCCUACAGCCUGCACAACCGUUAGGUGCAGCUAACAUCCAGAAGAAGCAAAAAGAUGGGGAGAGCUGGGGGUGGGGAAGUCAGAUCAAAACGUAAAAAAUACAAGCACUGGGGCAGUUAGCAUGAGGGAGACACCCUGAAUUAAAAAAAAUAAAGUCGGUGGUCAGAAAGGUAGCCUGGCUGAAAGCUGUCCCUCCCUGUUGAUUUUCCAGCGUGGAAGGUGGCAUUUUCUCACUCAAGCUUUAUUUUCAUUGACAGAAUCAAGGACUCCAUAUACCCAAGGACGUCCAUGAUGCUGUGCUGAACACAGGCUGGGGUUAGCAAUUUCUAACUUCCACAUUGAAACCCAGAAGUUGUUGUGGAAAAAAAAUACAUACAUAUGUAUAAAUUUGGCCAUUUUAAAUAUAUUGGUUUUUUUAUUAAACAAAAGCUGUUGACAUCAUUACCCACCCCCGCCAAAAGAAAGAAAAAGAAUCCACCCACCCCAUCUGUUGUCCCUAAUUUUAAAAAGAUCUCAAAAGUUUCUUUCUACUGUACUUACAUGCAAAGGCGAAAGCACAUCCAAUUAGAUUUGAGGGUAUCAUUUAUUCCGUGCAGAGCCAAGGACUACUGUGAAAAAAGGCAUAGACACAGAAAGAAAAAAGAGCAGCAGUAACAAACUAAACAGGCCUGGGGGCAGUGGUAGAAAAAGUUGAGAAGCAACACAUUAAAAAAAAAAAAAAAAAAAAAAAAA